CAAUCAGCAGGAAGAUUCUGCAACUAAUAAUACGAUUCAAAGUACACAUAAAGACGAACUGACCUUUUCUUUUGAAGACCCUGAACAGACGGAGAUAGCUUCAGUUAAUUUUACAUUAAGUAUGCAUAUGCGGCACAACAUAACAAGAAAGGAUGUUUACUUCAUCCAAAGCGAAGUCAAUAAGAUAACUUCAAAAUUGGCGUGCGCAAUUGAGGACUUGACCUUAGACGUUACAGAUGCAGAAGUUAGUUUCAAGUUAAAAAAACACCUUUGUACUAUGAAAAACUUGUUCAAAAGCUUCAACACAGAUCAUAAAUUGUUCAAAUAUUUGGAGAACUUAAAUUGCUUUGCAUUGCCUUCUAUCAUCACUACAACACAAGAUCAAAUUGUUUCAAUGCCAAUCGAUGCAUCGAUAGAUUUCGAAUUUGAACCAAAACAAAAUUUUCUUCUCUUGAUGCCAUUAGAAUUUCAAAUCAAAGCAUUUUUCAACUCUCCAAAUAUUCUGCAAGCCACUCUUGAUAAUACUUCAAAGCUUAAACAGUCAUUAGAUAUUAAGAACUUUGUCAAUGGAAGUUUAUGGCGUUCAAUUGAAAAUAAAUAUCAAAAUGAUAUCAUUUUACCAGUCUGGCUGUAUAGCGAUGAGUUCGAAAUAAACGAUAGCCUAAGCUCUCACUCAUCAAGGCAUAGUGUUUGUGGUAUCUACUACAACUUCCCAACGAUACCAGAACAUUAUAAAGCUAAAUUAAGCAAUAUUUUAGUGGCCGGCAUGCUAAAAAAACAAGACAUCAAAAAUGUUGGUAUAAACAGGCUGAUUAAUGAAAUGAUUAGCAAAUUUAAAGAAAUUGAAACUAAAGGAAUUUUGUUUGAUGUAAAUGGACAAACCAUCAUGAUAAGAUUUGUGCUAUCUUUGCUACAAGGAGAUAAUCUUGGAAUCCACACUAUGCUCAUGUUGGCUGGUGGAUUCAAUGCGAGAUUCUAUUGUCGAUUUUGCAAAAGACCAAAAGAAUUGUUAAAAAAUGAUACACACGAAUUUUCUGAUUACAUGAGGAACAAAACUAAUUACAAUGAAGAUUUGCUCAUCGCCAAUCAAAGUGAAACAGGGAUAUCGGGGAACUCCGUCUUUAAUGACCUUCCGUCCUUUCAUGUGGUAGAAAAUAAGAGCGUUGAUCCUAUGCAUGAUCUAUUUUCUCAAGGUAUUUGUAAAUUUGGACUGACAGAAGUUUUAAAUUAUUGUAUUUUUAAGAAGGGUUACAUCAACUUAAAACAAUUGAAUUUGCAAAGGCAGAUAAUAGCUAAAACUUGUAUUGACGAGGAACUGAAGCGUAUGCCAGAUAUCGGAGAAAUAUAUCUUCCUAAACAAAAACAUAAAUCUGUGACAUUCAAAAUGACUUCUAGUGAGAUGCGCUGUUUUGUCCACUAUUUCACACUAUUGAUAGGAGAAUUUGUUCCAUACGAAGAUAUGGUUUGGAAGUACUGUUUGUGUUUAAUAAACUUGAUAGAUUUAUGCCUGAAAAGAUCUUUUUCAAACUCUGAUAUAACAAGGCUUAAAAAUGAAAUUGAUGCACAUCAUCGAAUGUUUGUUGAGCUUUUUGAAAAAGAUUUAAAACCCAAACAUCAUGUUAUAACACACUAUCCAACAAUUAUAGAAACAUCUGGUCCUGUUGCGAACAUGAUGUGCUUUAGAAAUGAAGCGAAACAUCGAGGCUUCAAACAGUAUGCACACGUUACCUCGUCCCGCAAAAAUAUAUGCUACACUUUAUGCAUCAAAGCUAGCUUGCAAUUUUGCUAUGAUCUUCUCAAUCAAAAUUUUUUUACAAAAGAAAUUGUGGGAGACUUUGAAUCAUGUGAUAUGAAAUGUAGACACUAUUUCGAUAAAAUUGUACAACCAAUUCAAACCAAUAUUAAAUUUGAAAAUGUCAAUUGUAGCAGUUCAGUUGAGUUCAAGGGAACAUUAUACAAAAGAGGUAGCUUUUUGGUUAAAUUAGAAAAUUCUAUUAUGAACUUAUACGAAAUUGUAGAAAUGGUUUUGAAUGGAGAGGAACUUUAUGUUGUUUGCGAUUUCUGGGAAGUGGGAAUAUACAACAAUCACUUCUUGGCAUAUGAAGCCAAAAGAAGUACAUCGCAAUUAUUUAUUUUUGAAAUCAAUUUCUUCGACGGCCCACCAUUAAAGUUAAAUUUCAUUUCCGGUAGAUUUAUGUUUAGAGUGAAAAAUAGUUUUAAUAAUUGUUAUUAG